UGCGGGAGGCAGCAACCGGGAGAAAGGUGUAGGGGGGCCGGGACCUGCCGACUCCUGAGUCCGGGGGCGGGGCGGGGAGUGGCAGGGCCCUGGCGGCUGGCGCCCGGUGAAGCGCUAAAGCGGGUCACGCUUCCUCCUUCCCUCCCAGUCCUUUCUUCUCCUCCCACCUGGGCCUCUGCGUGGGGACGCGCACCUGGCAACCGGCGGCCGCGCUCCGCCGCGCCCCCACCUUCUCCGCUCUGGCCGGGCGCCCCGAGCCUGCCCUGCACCCCGAGCCCGCCCCCGGCGCCCGCCCCUCGCCUCUCUACCGGCCCCACGCUCCCUGGGGGCGGCCUCGAGCGCUCGCUCGUUGAUGCCGUUUUGGGGGUGACCCGGCGCGGCGGAGGCGGCGGCGGCGCCUCCACGGUGGGGGCGUGUUAGUGGCCGCGGCUUUGCGGGACGUCGGGUGUGUAGCUGCGGGGCGGCAGGGCGGCCAGCCGGCGAGACCGCGCGUGCAGCUCGGGUUUCGGGACGCUGGAGGAGAGCGCCCCGGCCGCGCGGGAGCGGGACAUGUGGGAGCUCAGGCAACGGGGAGGCUGCCCCGGUCCCGGGGGAGCGGUGGCGCCGCCACCCCGCGAGGGAGAGGCGGCCGGCGGCGACCACGAAACCGAGAGCACCAGUGACAAAGAAACAGAUAUUGAUGACAGAUAUGGAGAUUUGGAUUCCAGAACAGAUUCUGAUAUUCCAGAAAUUCCACCAUCCUCAGAUAGAACCCCUGAGAUCCUCAAGAAAGCUCUAUCUGGUUUGUCUUCAAGGUGGAAAAACUGGUGGAUUCGUGGAAUUCUUACUCUAACUAUGAUUUCAUUGUUUUUCCUGAUCAUCUAUAUGGGAUCCUUUAUGCUGAUGCUUCUUGUUCUAGGCAUCCAAGUGAAGUGCUUCCAUGAAAUUAUCACUAUAGGGUACAGAGUCUAUCGUUCUUAUGACCUACCUUGGUUUAGAACACUAAGCUGGUACUUUUUACUGUGUGUAAACUACUUUUUCUAUGGAGAGACUGUAGCUGAUUAUUUUGCUACAUUUGUUCAAAGAGAAGAGCAACUUCAGUUCCUCAUUCGCUACCACAGAUUUAUAUCAUUUGCCCUCUAUCUGGCAGGUUUCUGCAUGUUUGUGCUGAGCUUGGUGAAGAAACAUUAUCGUCUGCAGUUUUAUAUGUUCGCAUGGACUCAUGUCACUUUACUGAUAACAGUUACUCAGUCACAUCUUGUCAUCCAAAAUCUGUUUGAAGGCAUGAUAUGGUUCCUUGUUCCAAUAUCAAGUGUUAUUUGCAAUGACAUAACUGCUUACCUUUUUGGAUUUUUUUUUGGAAGAACUCCAUUAAUUAAGUUGUCUCCUAAAAAGACUUGGGAAGGAUUCAUUGGCGGUUUCUUUUCCACAGUCAUCUUUGGAUUCAUUGCCGCUUACGUGCUAUCCAAAUACCAGUACUUUGUCUGCCCGGUGGAAUACCGAAGUGAUGUAAACUCCUUCGUUACAGAAUGUGAACCCUCAGAACUUUUCCAGCUUCAGAGUUAUUCACUUCCUCCCUUUUUGAAGGCAUUGUUGAGACGGGAAACAGUAAGCUUGUAUCCUUUCCAGAUACACAGCAUUGCUCUUUCCACAUUUGCAUCUUUGAUUGGCCCAUUUGGAGGAUUCUUUGCCAGCGGAUUCAAAAGAGCUUUCAAAAUCAAGGAUUUUGCAAACACCAUUCCUGGACAUGGCGGGAUAAUGGACAGAUUUGAUUGUCAGUAUUUGAUGGCAACUUUUGUGCAUGUGUACAUCACAAGUUUUAUAAGGGGUCCAAAUCCCAGCAAAGUGCUACAGCAGUUGUUGGUGCUUCAACCAGAACAGCAGUUAAAUGUAUACAAAGUGCUGAAGACUCAUCUCAUUGAGAAGGGAAUCCUACAGCCCACCUUGAAGGUAUAACUGGAUCUGGAGAGGGAAGGACUGACAGUAAAGAAUUCUACAGGAAAGCACCGACAGAUGAAAUUUUGUAAUUGUACAGAAAAAUGUUGAAAAUGCAAUAGAUUGAAGUUUUACAGACAUGAAUGUUUCUUCUCUGAAAUUACUGUGAAUAUUUAACACUUACUUGAUCUAAGUUAUGAAAUAAGUAGCAAAUGCCAGGCAAAAUAUCCUGUACUUUUUCUAAGUGUAUUUUCUGAUGUUAACUUCCUUCCCAUUACUUGCUAGGUUUCAUCACUUAAAAGACUUGUGUUUUAAAGAGUCAUAACACUAUGAGUAAAUUGAGGAUGUCUUGAGAUUGCACCUGGCAGUGUGCCCUUUGCACAAAUAUUUACUUUUGUAGUCGGAGCUGCUCUUCAUUUCAGCAAAAUGUUUUAUGUAAGGCACAAUAGGAAGUUAGUUCUCCUCUACUUCCUCCUCUUCCAGUCUGAAGUAUUUUCUGAAGGGCUGAGUUGGAUCCAAAAAAGAAAGACUGUCCACUUUUCAAAGAAGUAAGUAAUCAUUUGCCAGGGAAAAACAUGCCACUUUUAGGUAAGUAAGUUUGAAAUUCAAAAGAGAGAGGCUGAAUUUUCUACCAUUAUUGGUUUGCCAGAAAGAGCAGACAUCACACUCUACUUUGAUCGAAUUGUUUGGAAAAACAUAACCUUCUCAAAAACUUUCAAGAGAAACACAGGAGAAUUCUGCUAUGAAGAACACAUGUUCCCAUCCUCCACCCAUGAUCGCAACAGACAGUAACUCAGGAGGCAGCACUGGACGAUGACACGUGCAUAGCCCACCUCUCGGUUGAGUUCUCCGCUUUUGUUUCCCUGUGAACUGGUUUCCAUAAGUUCUGUAGCCACGAGCAUCAGUACAUAGGGUAGUGAGUAGGGGUGGUGACUGAGGCAGAGCAGGGGGUGCUCAGCUGAGCGAGAGUGACCCGUCUCUGGAUGCGGCUCAGCACGCCUGGGUCCUGGGCACCUACCUCUUGGUUCCCGUGAAGCCCACUGGACACUCACCUGGGAAGAAGCGAGAUCUGCCUGGAAACCCAGUCCCAGACUAACUCCAUGGCAUGGUAGCAGCUAAUUUUUGUCGCAUUCUUCUUUCACAUCAUGUCAGAAAAUCUGAGGCCAUCAGCUGAUUUUUUUUUUUUUUUCUUUCAACAAUGAAAAUCAAGCAGAAGUGAUUCCCACCAAGAACAAAAAGCACACGAAUGCCAAACCUUUCCUUUGGUGGACUGGACACUGUAACCAGAUGAGAAUAAAUUUCUUCUCAGUGGAUGUAAAUAAGCUAUUGUUGCUGUGUGCUCUCUACAGCUGUAUUUAUUGUAUUGAACAGUCAGCAGUGAAACCUUCAAAUAUUGCCUAAUGCUCCUUGGCUAAAUGUUCAGAGGAAAGAUAGAUAGAUAUAUUUUAAAGAAUGUUUUGCUAAUGAAAAGAGUAAAUAGUUUUGUUUAAAUCAGAAACAAAUUUCAAUUCUUUUAUAUUUCUGUUCUACUACUCUACUUAAAAAAAAAAAAAAUCGCAGAUAUGCCUGGGUUCCACAGAUGUAAUCUGUAACUAGCAGCCUCAUGUGUACUACAUGAUUACGGUGGAUACAGUUAAAGUCAGUCCCAAGAGUCUCAUUUCUUGGUUUGGCAUGCACUCAGUUCAUCGCCACUGGAUGUGUGCAGUCAGCAUUAUUUCACACUAUUCCAUAAAAAUUUAGAAUUGGCAUUGGAGGUGUUACUACAGAAGGAAGUGAUCAUUUUUAAAAUCAGGCUACCUUCAAGUUAAUUUUCAACAUUGCUCAUAUUUACUUGCUGCAUUAAAAGCUCCAAAUGUAGAUCAUAAAAGAAUUUACUUACCAAAAUUUUAAAAAUAAAAUGAAAAUUUUGUAAUAGGAACUUAUGUUGAAAACUUGGUGAAUUGCACCAUAAGAACUUGGAGAUACGCAGUUCCCUCUGCAUUUUUCUUUAAAGUGAUGAGUGAGGCACUGCAAAACAGAAUUAUGAGCACAUUACUGAAUAUAUAUUAUAAAAUCAAUAUUAUGGUAAACAAAAUAUGAAGCUAGAAAUAUUUGGGGUCACAGUAAUAGCUAUCCUCAAAUACAUUUAGAGUUGGGUGUAUAUUAUUCUAUAUGUAAAAAAGUAAAUUCUUAAUCUUAACAGCGCUCUAAAGGUUGACGUUUUUAGUGUACUUUUAUAGCAUGUAUAUUAAAAUAGAAUAUAUUUUAUCAAGAAUAUACUUUAGCAAAGAUUGCCAUAAAACCCUGACUUUGAUCAUUUUUAUAUUUGCACUCUGAAGAGGGUUUAAAUUCCAGUGUAGCAAUGUGAUGGCAGAAAAAUGAAAGACUAGGAACUUCCGUUACAGUAAUGGCUUAUUGUUCCAAAUUUGCUAUUUGGAGAGGUACUCUAAUGGUACUAACUGCUUAGUACAAAUGUUUCCUCCGUGCUUUUCCCCUUGUGGUGGUGGGUAUACAUUUUACUGUCUGAGAAUAAAAAGACCACACCUACACGCACACACACACCACCGUUUUAUUCUCAUUUAUAGUAUCUCUUCAUUUGUAAUUUGGUUUGCACAAAGAUAGUAUCACCUUGUUCAGGGGAAAAGAAAAAGUGGAAACAGUGUAUAUAUACUGUAUAUGGGUGGGAGAUAGAUAGCUUAUGAUAUGUGUCAAUCAGUUCUCUGAACCUUUUACUGAAACUGAGAUAGAUAGGAAAAUAAAACUGAAACAAAUCACAUUUUGACUCUGUUGUGCCAUUUUCUCUUUGGAGAGGAAACAUUCAUUCAACUAGUCUUUACAAAAUGACAACUACAGAAAUAUUGUAUACUGUGUAUAUUUCAUCACUGAUACCUACAGUGACAUC